CACUUUUUGCGGAGGGAACGGGACGGAAGUGACUGCGCUCGGUUUGUGUGUCUCGUGUUUCAUUUGAAAACUUUGUUCCUGAAAUCUCGAGAUCUAAUAGCUUUUAAGACUCAUCUCAUCAAGGAUGACGGACCGAUACAACAUCCACAGCCAGCUGGAACAUCUCCAGUCUAAAUACAUUGGCACGGGUCAUGCUGACACCACCAAGUGGGAAUGGCUGGUCAACCAGCACCGUGACUCUUACUGCUCCUACAUGGGCCACUUUGACCUGCUCAACUACUUCUCCGUUGCCGAGAAUGAGAGCAAAGCUCGAGUUCGCUUUAACCUGAUGGAGAAGAUGCUUCAACCGUGCGGGCCGCCAGCAGACAAACCCGAUGAUGCUUAAAUUAUUACGGAGUGAGCUGUGAAUUUUUUUUCUUCACAGCAAAGUGAUUUAAGUGGACAUUUUGAGUUAAAAAAAAAAUCUGGUCAUUUAAUAAGAGCUGCCUCAACAUCGCUGAUGGAACCUGCCAACAGAGACACUGCAUCACCCACUGAAAUGACACAUAAUGGUUAUUGUAUUACGGGAUUAGUGGUGGG